CCAUAAUCAUGUGAGCCAAUUCCUGACCUAGUGGAGGCCUGGUGGGUGUUAUGAUGGAAGAAGGGGGAAGCCUGUGAUCACUGUGCAAAGAGGCAUUUGCCCUGCCACCGAGGAUCCUCAAACAGCAAACAUUCGGAGGCAGGGACAAUGUUCCCCAGAAGGCCACCUGGAGCUGAAGGAAGAUGUUGUAGCCUCUACAUCGCCCCUAUUUCUGAGUCUCCUAAGGUUUCUCAAGCUAUCAGAUGCCACCUGUCUCUAAUUUCCUCAGGAUCAGUGGCUUGAGCUUUGGCUAGGAGCCUAAGCCCUGGGUUGACUGCUGGCUCCCCUGGAAAUCGAUUUUCUUUUUUCCUCUUCUCUUUCCCAGGGGACUCUCCCUGCCUCAUACUCAUAUUUCUACUGAGAAUGAGCAGUCUUAAUUGUGCUGCAGAGACAGAGAGCUGACACGAGUCUAGACAAAUCUGUAGGCAAAUUUGUGUACAAAUUUGUAGACAAAUUUGCUUUGGGUGGUCAGAGUCUAAUAUCUGACUUGGUGCCAUGGCAAUCUUCUUCCCCCUCUGUCUUGCUACAUUUUAGUCACUAGAGACAUGUAAGCCAUGGAGCAGGAUAGGGCAGGACACUUGAAUUCUCACCACUGAUUCCCCAGUGAUACUCCACAUAGCCUUCAAGACAUCUGCCACCUCCUGUCCCCUGUUGCUUCACCAGUGAAAUGGACGGUUGUUGCACUGACUUUCCCCAGGCACGUGAAGGCCAGUUCGCUAUCAGACAGUCACAUGCUUUGAAAGGUCUCUGAUCCCUGUGAGGGAAUUCUUGAGCAAUUGAGAAUGCUAUCAUGCCAUUCACAGCCCUAAGGAUACAGAUGAUACUGGAACCAACCUGGCCAAAUCUGAAUGAUGAAAGCCAAUCCCAGACUUGACAAAGAAAACAGACCUCAGAUGUGAGGAGAUAAGACAGUUAGAUUUACUUCCUCUUUCCUAAUUUGAGAGGUUUCAUUUUGAAGAAAAUCAGUGUUGAGGUUGCAGGAGACCUAAACACAGUCAACAUGAAGCUGGGCUCUGUCCUCACAGCCUGGGCCCUCCACCUUUCCCCUGCUAUGCUCUGGGCAGCCCAGAUGUUACUGGCUGGAUGUCAUCCAGUUGCCAGUUUUGAGACACUGCAGUGUGAAGGACCUGUCAGCACCGAGGAGAGCAGCUGCCACACCAAUGAGGACUUGACUAGCCAAAGGGAAGCUGGUUUCCAGUUCAAGGGCUACACUUUCAGUGAACCCUUCCAUCUGAUCGUGUCCUACGACUGGCUGAUCAUCCAAGGCCCAGCCAUGCCAACAUUUGAAGGGGACUCCUUGGUUCUGCGCUGCCAGGCCUGGCAAGACUGGCCACUGACUCAGGUCACCUUCUACCGAGAUGGGUCAGCCCUGGGUCCCCCCGGACCUAACAGAGAAUUGUCCAUCGCUGUGGUGCAACAAGCAGACAGUGGGCACUACCAGUGCAGUGCCAUCUUCAGGAGCCCUGGUCCUGGGAGCCCCGAAACAGCAUCCAGUGUGGCUAUCACAGUCCAAGAACUAUUUCUAGCCCCAGUUCUCAGAGCCACACCCUCAGCUGAGCCCCAAGGGGGAGGCCCAGUGACCCUGAGCUGUCAGACAAAGCUGACCCUGCAGAGGUCAGCUGCCCGCCUCCUCUUCUCCUUCUACAAGGAUGGAAGGACGGUGAGAAGCUGGGGCCUCUCCUCAGAAUUCCAGAUCCCCACAGCUUCAGAAGAGCACUCUGGGUCAUACUGGUGUGAGGCAGCCACUGAGGACAAUCAAGUUUGGAAACAGAGCCCUCAGCUAGAGAUCAGGGUGCCGGGUCCCGCCAGCUCUGCCGCGUCUCCCACCUUGAAUCCAGCUCCGCAGAAAUCAGCUGCUCCAGGAACUACUUCAACUACAGAGCCCCCUGGGCCGCCACCUCUGCUGCCCACUCCUUCUUCUGAGGAUCCAGGCUUCUCUUCUCCUCAGGGGGUGCUAGACCCCCACCUGCAUCACCAGAUGGGCAUUCUUCUCAAACACAUGCAGGAUGUGAGAGCUCUCCUGGGCCACCUGGUCAUGGAGCUGAGGGAAUUGUCUGGCCAUCGGAAGCCUGGGACCACAGAGGCUCCUGCCAAAUAGAAGUAAAAAAUUCACCCAUGAUAUUGCUCAACCACCCCAAUAAAUCCAAUUCUUUCUAUUUUUUCUC